AUGUGUUACAUUGCAGCUUACCUUCUUGCUGUUCUUGGAGGCAAUGAGUCCCCAAGCUCAAAAGGUCUGAAGAAAAUCCUUGACAGCGUAGGCAUUGAAAUAGAUGAUGAAUGUGUGAACAAGGUCAUUAGUUAGCUGAAUGGAAAAAACAUUGAGGGUGUCAUUGCCCAAGGUAACUUCAAGCUUGCCAGCAUACCAGCGGGCAGGACUGUAGCAGUCUCUGUUGGAGGCCCUGCAGCUCCUGCUGUUGCUAAGAAGAAGAAAGAAGAAGAGUCUGAAGAAUCUGAUGAUGAUAUGGGAUUUGGAUUGUUUGACUAA